AGCUCGUCUCGUGCGUCGAGUGAACUCAGCGCGAGACCCAGCUGUUAGCUUGACAAACAUCUGGAAAAAAAACAAUGUGAACCGCAGCAUCCACAGCACUCAUGCAGCCCCAGACCAUGACACUGCUACCACCGUGCUUGACUACACUAGAAAAUGUGGCACAGCGGGACAGGACGUGUGGAAGACGAGAGCUGAUUGGGGGAGACACGAGAGGCAGGGCGGACGCAAGAGAACCAUGAUCGGACACAGAGACAACAGAAAGCGCGACAACAAAAGGAAAAGGAAGAGCAGCAGCUGAGAGAUUAAUUAGUGGAUGUGACAUUUCAUCCAGCAGCAAAGGAAGUCUCAGCAUUUCUGAAGGUCGCAGGGGUGUGCUGGAGCCUAUCCCAGCUGACUAUGGCCGAGAGGCGGGGUACCCCUGGACUGUGGUUGCCAGCCAAUUGCAGGACACAUAUUAUUCAACAACAGUUUGUGUGUGUUUCCCCGGGCCUUCAGAAUCAGUAGUGCUGGUCCAUGUCACUUGAACACCAUUAACAACUGGGCAGAUUCCAGAUUCGCUUCACAGGGCCACCAGCUGGCCUCCUAUAAUGUCAGAAUCUGAUUGGAUGAUCAGAGCAAAACUGUUUGACAAGUCAAGUUACGCCAACAGUGGCUGACUGUCUGGAUGCAAAGUCCACUAACAUCCAGGUGACGGUAAAAGACGGCGGACUGAAGCUGCUCCAGAUUCAGGACAACGGCACCGGUAUCAGGAAAGAAGAUAUGGAAAUAGUGUGUGAGCGAUUUACCACCAGCAAGUUGCAGACAUUUGAGGACCUCUCUGCCAUUGCAACAUAUGGAUUCAGAGGAGAGGCCCUGGCCAGUAUAAGCCACGUUGCCCAUGUGACCAUAACAACAAAGACAGCUGAUGCCAAAUGUGCCUACAGGGCCAGCUACAGUGAUGGUAAACUAAAAGGUCCUCCAAAACCCUGCGCUGGAAACCAGGGAACACAAAUACUUGUGGAGGAUCUCUUCUAUAAUGUGUCCACUAGGAGGAAAGCUUUAAAAAGCCACAGUGAUGAGUACUCCAGGAUUGUAGAGGUGGUUAGCAGGUAUGCCAUACACAAUUCAGGAAAAAGCUUUUCUGUCAAGAAGCAAGGAGAGACCGUUGCAGAUGUGAGGACUCUACCCAAUGCCUCUGUGGUGGAUAAUAUUCGAGGAGUUUUUGGCAAUGCAGUCAGCAGGGAGCUGAUUGAGGUUGGCUGCGAGGACCAAAAGCUCGCCUACAAGAUGAAGGGCUACAUCUCCAACGCAAACUACUCCGUCAAGAAGUGCAUCAUGAUCCUCUUCAUCAACCAUCGCCUGGUGGAGUCAAGUGCUUUGAAGAAAGCGGCGGAGACCGUUUAUGCUGCGUACCUGCCCAAGAACACACACCCUUUCCUUUAUCUCAGUUUAGAGAUCGCCCCUCAGAACGUCGACGUGAACGUGCAUCCAACAAAGCAUGAGGUGCAUUUCCUGCAUGAGGACAGCGUCAUCGAGAGCGUUCAGAAACACAUCGAGGGCAAACUGCUGGGCUCCAACUCCUCGCGCACGUAUUUCACUCAGACGUUGCUCCCCGGGCUGUCUGUCUGUAGUGGAGGUGAGGCCAAGUCGUCCAGCGCCACGUCCGAGUCCACUGAGCGGGUUUACGCCCAUCAGAUGGUGAGGACGGACUGUCGCGCUCAGAAGCUGGACGCCUUUCUCCAGCCAAAAGAGAAGCCACUUCCUGGGCCCGAGCCUGCCGGGCCGAACAGCGCGGCUCCAGACGACAACCCGGGCCGGUCUGACAGUGCAGAGCCGGAUGACAUAGACAUGCUGGAGGCCCUAGACCAGGUGGAGGCUGGCGUAUCAACAAACGAGGAGGAGAGCAGCAUCAAAGUCCGUGAUGUCCAAAGGAAACGACCCAGGAAGGAGCAGGAGCAGCAAGAGAUGGUUGAGGAGGAGGAAGCGGCAGUAGAGGAGGACUUGACGGCUGCGGCCACACCAAAGAGGCGAGUCAUCAAACUGAGCAGCAUGAAAGAUCUGAGAGGGGAGAUCAGCGAGAACACACACAAAGGUAACACACUUGUCAUUCAUCUGGGAGCAGACAGUCUCCUCCUUGUCUUCCAUGUGCCUCCAGGUCUUCAGGAGAUGUUGCAGAAUCACUCGUUUGUGGGCUGCGUCAACCCCCAGUGGACUCUCAUCCAGCAUCACACCAAACUCUACCUGCUCGACACCACCAGGCUCAGUCAGGAGCUCUUCUACCAAAUCCUCAUCUAUGACUUUGGCAACUUUGGUGUACUGAGACUAUCUACCCCAGCUCCUAUUUAUGACCUGGCCAUGUUGGCUCUGGACUUGGAGGAGAGUGGCUGGACUGAAGAGGAUGGCCCCAAAGAAGGCUUGGCUCAGUAUAUUGUGGACUUCCUGAAGAAGAAAGCAGAGAUGCUGGAUGACUACUUCUCCAUGGAAAUAGAUCAAGAGGGAAAUCUUAGAGGACUGCCCUUGCUGCUUGACAAGUACACGCCUAUCAUGGAGGGCCUGCCCAUGUUUAUCCUCCGCCUGGCAACUGAGGUGAACUGGGACAAUGAAAAGGAAUGCUUCCGAGACUUCAGCAAAGAGUGCAGCAUGUUCUACUCCAUCAGGAAGCGAUACAUCCUGGAGGCGGAGCCCGGAGAGGAGCAGGAUCCAGAGCUGAACUCAUGGCGUUGGAAAGUUGAGCACGUCAUCUGUAAGGCGCUCCGUACUCUCAUCAGUCCUCCCAAGCACUACAGUGAGGACGGCACAGUGCUGCAGAUCGCCAACUUACCGGAUCUCUACAAAGUGUUCGAGAGGUGUUAGAUGAUCAACAGAACCAUUAGCCACACAUUGCUGCUCUUUUAUAUUCCAUGUAGUGUUGAAAUUAAAUUCCUAAUUUGUU